UUUUUUUAUAUUUAAAAAAAAGUUAACCUCAAUUAAUUUUAACUUUUAACUGUUUUAAUAAUUUUCUGUUUCUAUUUUAAUUUAACAUGUAAUUUUCGUUAUUGUUAUGAAAUAUAAUUUAUUCUAAAUGCUUAUAGCAGUGUCUAAAAGUUGUGUCUCCUCUUUUAAAACUUACUUGUAUAAAUGUUUUAGUACAAGCCCAAAAAAACCUACCCCAAUUAUGAAAUACCUAAACGUCGCCGAAAAAAACGAUGCUGCGAAGAAUAUAGCACAAAUAUUAUCAAGGGGAUCAUCUGAUAGAAGGGAAGGUUUGUCCCCGUACAAUAAAAUAUACGAAUUCAACGCUAAUGUAUUAAAUGAGGAUGUUAGAAUGGUAAUGACUUCAGUAUCUGGGCACCUUCUUAAUUAUGAAUUCAGAGGUAACUACAAAUCCUGGCAAUCUUGCAAUCCCUUAUCUCUGUUCGAUGCUCCAAUAGACAAACAUUGUCCAGAAAAUUACGUGAAAGUAAAAAAAACCCUCGAAAGAGAAAUACGAUCGUGCGAAGGUCUCAUAAUAUGGACAGAUUGCGAUAGAGAAGGCGAAAAUAUAGGGUUCGAAAUUAUCAAAGUUUGCACGGACAUUAAACCGAAUCUCAGGAUUUACCGGGCUAAAUUUUCCGAAAUAACCGGGGCUUCGAUAUUCAGGGCUUUGAGGACUUUAGGACAGCCUAACAGGAAUGUAAGCGAUGCUGUAGACGUGAGGCAGGAGUUGGAUUUACGAACCGGUGCUGCUUUCACAAGACUCCAAACAUUGAGACUGCAGAAGGUUUUCCCUCAAAAACUGGCCGAUAAAUUAAUCAGUUACGGCUCCUGUCAGUUUCCAACGCUGGGUUUUGUCGUGGAGAGAUAUAAAGCGAUUGAAAAUUUUAUCGCCGAACCAUUUUGGAAAAUUAAAAUGUCACAUACAGUAGAAGAUAUUAAUACAGAGUUCCUCUGGAGGAGGGAAAGAUUGUUUAAUAAAGCAGCUGUUGAGGCUAUAUUAGAUCAUUGUAAGGAAAAUCCCUUAGCUAGAGUUGAGAGUGUUGAAAAUAAGGAAAAGAGCAAAUGGAGGCCUGUCCCUCUGGAUACAGUCGAAAUGGAGAAGAACGCCUCGAGGAAGCUGAGAAUCAACGCAAAAGAUGCGAUGCAGAUCGCAGAAAGGCUCUACACCCAGGGUUACAUAAGCUAUCCCCGUACCGAAACGAAUAUAUUCCCUAAAGAACUGAAUCUAACGAAUUUAGUCCAGCAACACGUAAACGAUGCCGAUUGGGGUACAUUCGCACAAAGGAUUCUAAACGAAGGUGGCCCGACCCCGAGACAAGGAAAAAAAUCCGAUCAAGCCCAUCCUCCGAUUCAUCCCACCAAAUACGCCGAUAACUUAGGCGGCAACGAUAAGAAAUUGUACGAAUUCAUCGUCAGGCAUUUCCUGGCUUGCCUGCAUAAGGACGCCAAAGGCUUCGAAACCACCGUAAAAGUCGACAUUGCGGACGAAAAGUUUCAAGCGAAAGGUCUACUGAUUCUGGAGAAAAAUUAUCUGGACGUUUAUGUAUACGAGAAAUGGAACGCUAAGGAAAUUAGCAAUUACACAGCCGAUAGCACAUUCACCCCGACUGUUCUAGAGAUGGUGGAAAGUUCAACUGCUCCCCCGAAACUGCUGACAGAGGCCGAAUUGAUAACUCUAAUGGAAAAGCACGGCAUCGGAACGGACGCGACGCACGCCGAGCACAUCGAUAAAAUCAAAUCGAGAGAAUACGUGGGAUUACACGAUAAUAUCUACUUCGUACCGGGAACGCUCGGAAUGGGAUUAGUCGAAGGAUAUAACAACGUAGGUUUGGAGGUGUCCCUAGCGAAGCCCAAUCUUCGGGCCGAAUUCGAGAACGAUUUGAAAUUAAUCUGCGACGGAUUAAAAGAUCCCGACGUAGUUCGAAGGGAGCAAAUCGGUAAAUACAAGGCCGUGUUCCAGACGGUUAUGCAGAAGAUGAGAUUAAUCGACGAGAGCCUGGGUAACAGAUUAGACGAUGCUCCUGUAGCUGUUCCCGAUGCCGAAAUAACCGCGCAUCCCGACGAAAAUAAACCUGCAAUGAAGUGCCCGAAAUGCGGAAGGGAUAUGUUUAUUAGACGUAGAAAAAACGGAACGGGAAUGUUUCUAUCGUGCUCCGGAUACCCCGAUUGCAGGCAUUCGAUUUGGUUUCCUACUUCGAUACAAACUAUUGAAGUGCAAGAUAAUCAUUGCAAUAAAUGUGGACCGAAUUACAAGCUGUUGAAAUUCAAAUUCUCGGUGAAUUACUUUCCUGGAGAACCGAAUCCCAAUGUUCUAUGCAUAGGAGGUUGCGAUAUGAAUGUUUUAGAAACGCUCGAUAUUAAUUUAUCAUCGGUUCGAAAUCAAGGUUCGAUAAAUAAUUUAAAUAUUACGGAAACAGAUUCUUCGAACGCCAGGAGGAAUUCUGAUAGUGGAUUUUCUACUGCUUCUUCCAGGAAUAAUGCGAGUUUUAACCAUCAAAAUACCGAUUUUAAUAGAACUAAUACCGUUGCGAAUAGAACUGCGGCUAGUUUGCCUGGACCAUCCAGAAAUAAUAGUUUUACUAAUCAAAAUAACGAUUUUAACAGAACUAAUAAUAGUACAAAUGGAUCAUUGAGCCUUUUGCCAGGACCAUCUAGGAGUAGUUCUGGCAACAGGUCGAAUAACGCCGAAGAAGUAGUAUGUUCGUGUCAUCAAAACGCCAUUUUACUUACAGUAAGAAAAGAAGGGCCAAACCAAGGACGACAAUUCUACAAAUGCCCCAAUGGCACGUGUAAUUUCUUCUUGUGGGCCCCGGAUUCGGCCGGAAAUUCGAAUACUUCUAUGAACGGUAAUCAACAGUAUCAAAACCGAAACCAAACCAACGACACGGACGUAAAUUGUGAAUGCGGAACCGCUGCCGUGCUCAAAACUGUUACGAAAACUGGACCGAACACCGGAAAGCAAUUUUAUUCCUGUCCUAAGCCGUUUGGACAGGGAUGUAAUUUUUUUAAAUGGUCUAAUCAGGAUAAUAACGAAGGGGGCGGUGGUGAUUUUGGAGGGCAACCGAAACAGAAAUUCCCAAAAUCGAAUAAAAAACGUCCCGCGCCUAGUAGUUCAAAUCAACCCAGAGCAAAACGAAAAUGCGGAAUAUGUGGAGUUGAAGGGCAUACGAAAACUACAUGUCCAAAUAAAUGAUUUUUAAUAUUAAGUCUUGCAGUUUUUUCUUCAUUUUCUGUUUGGAUUUGUUCAUGCCAUGUUGUUCGUUUUCUAAAAUACACAAUACCAGUAAACGUUGUACAAUAAAUAUUCUGCGCUGGAAGUGGAAGUACCGGCUAUCCAAUCUCCGCUAUCGAACAAAUACUGUUCGUCUCCCAAACUCAAUUUGACUGUUCUUUCUUCGGAUACUAACUGCGUCAAAGCGUGCCUUGGAGAAUCCGCCGCGGAUUUCCUUUGGGGUGCUUUUUUCGGCGAAAACUUGUUACCGAAAAGGGG